AUGAGACGCCGGAACGCGGAUAUGCCGCCCUCUUCGCCUCGAAGGAAGAGGGUGGACCAACGGCGCGAGGGAUGGGGCGCGUUGAUUCGAGUGACCGCCUGUUGCGUCCUCAUCUCUGUCGCUGUGGGGACAGUAGUGCCCCGGUUGGCAGGCGGCCUGGGUGGGGGUGUGGAAACAGUGGGGCCGUCUGUGGGGUUCGUUGACGUAAGGGUGCCGGCCGAGACGGUGCCUGUGAACCUCGGGAGACCCAUCGGAUCGGUCGCAGGGGGCACGCUGGACGCUCAGGUGUUCAUGUGCAGCUUGGACCGGGAUACAUACUUCCACCAGCCGUACAAGUAUCCCAUGUUCAAGGACCUGGUGAGGCUGUCCGGUGGGUGUCAAGGAGCACAAUCUACAACUACUAGCAUCUCCAAGCUGCAAGAGGAGAUCGACGCUAACCCUGACGGCUACCUGGAGCCAACGGGGUUCGUGUUCCACAUGUCGCGGUGUGGCUCUACCCUCACGGCGAACCUCAUGGGGUCCUCCCCCCACAAUAUCGUCUACUCGGAGUCCAAGCCGCCAGUCGCUGUUAUGUCGCUUUGCGAUCAAGUGCGCUGCACGGAGGAACAGAGGGUGGCAGCGCUUCGCACGGUUAUUCUGGCCAUGGGCAAGACAUCCUUCCACAAGCACAUGUUCUUCAAGUUCCAGUCUAGCCAGACCCGGUUCAUCCACUACUACCGGAAGGCCUUCCCCAACACACCAUGGGUCUUCGUGUACCGCGACCCUGUGCCGGUGAUGAUGUCGUUGCUGGGCUUCAAGGCUGGAAUGCGCCAACGUCCGAGCCGAAGUACGCCGUGCCUGCGCUCCAUGGGUGCGCCCCCCGAUGAGACCGCGAAGCUGUUGGGGAUGUCGACCUCGGAGGCUAAGAACGCUCCCGACGAGCGCUAUUGCGCCGCACACUUGGCGACGCUGGUGGAGUCGGCGUUGGGAUCCGUGGAUGACGCCGCGGCAAGCGGGGGGGCUGAAGGGCAUGCGGUGGACUACGAAACCCUUCCUAACGCCAUCGUUCCCGUGAUGUCGGAGCUGUUCAAGGCGCCACUCACGCCGGAAGAGGAGUACUACGCGCUCGAGAUAUCGAGCUGGUACGCCAAGUCUCGUGGGGAGGCGUACAAUUUCUCCCCCGACACCAAGGCGAAAGAGGACCAUGCAUCCCCCGAAGUCGAGCAAGCGGCGAGCAGCAUUCUCGAGCCCUUCUACCCCCGCUUACACGAGGCUGGAGUUGCUGCCUCAUCAAUCCCCAAAGAACUAGCGGUGGGGUAUUCCCCAGGCGACAAGCGCAGUGCACAGGGGGAGGUACCUUCGAUUCCGCAGAUUAGUGACGAGGAUUUUUACGCGACGCCGGAGCACAUGCGGGGACUGGACAGGGUGGUGGACCCUCUCGCUCCGGAUUUCAUGGCUUCUAGCAAGUUCAAGAGUAUGCCAAUGGAGGCCUUCGAGUGUCCCGACACGCCACCGGCCGACUACCCCAAGGGCUACCCUGCCAUGGACGUCAUCAACCACUGGAACCCGGACGAUGCCGACCAAGUUCCGCCGCUUCACUAUCUCUCUACAUGCAGGUUCGACUACCAGCGAGAGCUGGCCAAGGCGGAGAGGUACAGCUCCGCGGAAAAGCCAUUCAUCUUGUACAACAUUCCUUCGGUGGAUGCUGCGUCUGGGCGAUGGAGUGACCCGGCUUACAUGGAGAAGAUUUUCGGGGCCACAAGGAAGUAUGCCACGGAGCACUCCACGGACAAUCACUUCAUGUACUUCAACCACAAACUGGCAAAACAGGCAAAGCAUGCCCAGCACUCGGAACUCAACCUGACUGAUUGGAAGCCACCGACUGAUUCGGUAAACUUGAGCUACCGCCAGUGGCUGGACCUAGCCUUGAAGCACGGGAAGGGGGACGGAGAGCACUGGUAUUUCAGGGUCGGGGAUGCCAACAACAAGGUUGUGCUGAACGAGAUGGAGAUUUUCCAGAAGCCGGAGAAUGGGAAAGGGAACAUUUUCCUGGUAGACCCGCGUGGGCAAAGGGGGAUCCACUGCAGAUUCGGCAUGCCUGGGGUAAUCGCUGAAGCGCAUUUCGACGGCAGCCGCAACAUGGUGGCCAUGGUUUCGGGGGUCAGGCGAUGGAUCAUGGCUCACCCGAACCAGUGUGAAAGCAUGUAUCUCCUUCCGAAAGCGCACCCGUCGGGCAGGCACAGCGAUGUCGACUGGAGUAACCCGGACUUGGACAAGUUCCCCGAUUUCCCGAAGACGCUAAUAUCCGAGGUGCUGCUUAAGGCUGGAGAAGUCCUGUACGUCCCUACUCAAUGGUUCCACUACAUCUCCAACAUCGGCAUCAACGCACAAUGCAACAGUCGAUCAGGCAUUGCCAUGGACUACGACGGUGAUCUGGACAAGUGCGGCUUCGGCUCACAUUCCAGUCGGCAAAGAUCGAGAAGGCCCGUCAAGAAGAGCGUUUAUAACUGACACCUCUUGGACGCGGGCGACGAGUAGAAAGAAAGGUUUCAUGCGGUCAGUAUGCCAUCCAUCUUAUCCAUGUCGGCUCCAGGCUGUAUCCUGUUCGAUGGUCUUCGAUCAUGUGCCUGUGUGGUUGGACUGUGAUUGAAUGGCCGGGGUGGCCUGAUUUAUGGCACGAAGAACAUCGGUGUCGAGGAGUGAGCAGCUCCAGCAAAUAGGAAACAGCAAACAGCACGGCUGUGCCAUGUAGCUCAUGCGCAGGACAGACAAACUUGCGACUCCGGCGAGAAAUCGGAUAGAAUUGUGAAACUACCCUCGCUGAACGGAAAGGCCGGUUGUGGGUUGGAGCAUACGACUCUUCCUCGCGGUGAUGUUCGCUCUGGACUAGACUACAGCACUAAAUAGUAUAUUGAAUUGCUUGACUACUACUGCUGUUGCGUCUCGAAGUUUUUUUCUGCAAGCGGUGGGAUCUCUGUUUGUGUGUGCGAUGUUUGUUUUUUUUCCGUGUUUGCAUUGGAUCGGCGUAUGCACCUCCGAGUGCCAGUGUGUAUGAAGCUCGGCUGGGCACAGCAGUUGGAGCCACUCUCUUGAUCAUGCGCCCUCGAGGUUAAGGCACCCAACUGCUGCAUGUGCCUCCCUCCUGGUAUGUGUAUAGACUGCUUUAUGUGGUUGAGUUUGGUAUCAUCGGUGGUUGCCUAGGUGGGUUCUACAUUGUAGUAGGUUUCGUUCAGGCGACGUGUUAUUCGCCGAUCUUGAAUCGCCAGACGUCCCGCCCGCGCUAAGGCGUGGUAUUUCCAUUUCGCCAUGGGCGCAGGCUGGAGGCAUUGGCACGUGUUGGCUGAUGUAGUUUGUAUACGUGGAACACGGGCGGGCGUUGUUUAGAACAAAAUAUGUUUGUGUUCCCCAGCAAGUGGUUUCUUGGACGGCGGGUGAGCUCGUCACAUUGCUGUAUGUGGGACAUGCGACCUAUGUAUAAUACCUAACUACAGUAUAUAAUCGUUUGAGUCUCCAUUGCGUUUUUCGCGACGCGUUGUUCUGGUGAUAUGCUUUGUUUCUUUUACGAUGAAGAGACGACGCUCUGGAAAUAAAUACCAUUGGUGGACACGACUCAAUCGUG